CCCCCCCCCCCGUCCCAGCUCCCCAGGGUGGCGCCCGGAGCCACCCGCUCCCCCCCGCCGACCGUGACGACAAAUCUGUGCGUUUCUCACUGAGGCCGAGCUGGGAUCCUGGGACUCGGGUCUGGGUGCUCCUGCUCCGCUUUUGGCCCUGUCUUGUCCCCCGGCCGUCCCCAAACAGGAAGUCCUUCUCCCGAGAGAGACGCCCAGGACCGGGCCGCUGUUUCCGCGCGGGGCUCCGCGGAGGGCUGGAGGCCGCGGCCCGGCGGGGUCCCCACCGCACCCCACCUGGCGAGCCGGGGGGCUGGGCUGGCCGCGCCCCCCACCCGCACCCCCCUGCGGCCUCGGGUGGGGGGAGGCCCCGAGCCCGAUCCGCCCGGGCCUUGGUGACUCUGGGCGCUUGUGCUUUUCCCCGGAAGAAGAGCCUAUCUGUGAUUUCCGGGCUUUUGGACUGAGCGGCACGGUUCUCAUUUCCAGCCGCUGGAGGGUCCCACUCCCUGAGCUACCUCUUCAUGGGCGCCUCAGUGCCAGACCUUGGGCUGCCCCUGUUCGAGGCCUUGGGCUACGUGGACGACCAGCUGUUCGUGUCCUACAAUCACGAGAGUCGCCGGGCAGAGCCCCGCGCCCAGUGGCUCAAGGAUGGGGCCCCCAGCCAGCUGUGGCUGCAGCUGAGUCAGAGCCUGAAAGGGUGGGAUCACAUGUUCAUCGUGGACUUCUGGACCAUCAUGGACAACCACAACCACAGCAAGGUAACAAAGCUCGGGGUGUCGUCAGAGUCCCACACGCUGCAAGUGAUCCUGGGCUGUGAGGUACGAGAGGACAACAGCACCAGGGGCUUCUGGAAAUACGGCUACGACGGGCAGAACUACCUCGAAUUCCGCCCUGAGACGCUGGACUGGAGGGCUGCAGAGCCCAGGGCCUGGGCCACCAAGCUGGAGUGGGAAGGGAGCGCGAUUCGGGCCAAACAGAACAGGGCCUACCUGGAGAGGGACUGUCCCAUGCAGCUGCAGAGUUUGCUGGCGCUGGGGACAGGGGUUCUGGACCGGCAAGUGCCUCCCUUGCUGAAGGUGACUCAUCAUGUGGCCUCUGCAGUGACCACUCUACGGUGUCAGGCUCUGAACUUCUACCCCCAGAACAUCACCAUGAGGUGGCUAAAGGACAGGCGGCCACUGGAGGCCAAGGACGUUGAGCCUCAGGACGUGCUGCCCAACGGGGACGGGACCUACCAGGGCUGGUUGGCCGUGGCCGUGCCUCCCGGGGAAGAGCACAGAUACACCUGCCUGGUGGAGCACCCGGGGCUAAACCAGCCCCUCGCUGCCACGUGGGAGCCGUCGGUGCCCAGCACCCUGGUCAUUGGAGCCAUCAGUGGGAUCGCUGUUUGUGUCAUCCUCUUUGUUAUUGGAGUUCUGUUCCGAAUCUUCCGGAAAAGGCAGGCUUCGAGAGGAGCCAUGGGGGACUACGUGUUGGCCGAAUGUGAGUGACAGGCAGCCUGGGACCUCUCUUGGGAGGAGACGUGGAGACUGAAAGAGAGGGCACCCUGGGGCCUUCUUUGCUUCCAGGACUGAGUCGGACCUAACAAGUAGGAAGCCACCGAGGAACUCUCUGCUUGCAGCCUUCCCCAUUCAUUCUCGAAAAGUUUCUCUCAUUUAGGUUUUUGAGUUCCUGCGCCUCUCCGGAAACGGCUGUCAGGAACCUCCAGCCGCCUCUAGGGUCUGCCUUAUUUUCUGCACCACUUCGGACUCCAUAUACCUAUGGCCUCUCCUCUCCCACCUCUGGAAUAGGGCUCCUAAAAUGUUGGGGGGCUCACAGUUCCUUUCAACAUCUGAGAAAAACCGUGAACUUUCUCCUUGGGACGUGGGAGUCUCAUACCCUUACCAGAAUUUUGCACACACAUCCCGGCAUUUUCUAGACCCAUCCAAGUUUCCUUUUGACCCCCCGCCCUCUCUGUUAUCCAGCAAUUCACCUGCCACCAAGCCCUGUGGUCUUUUCCACCAGAGGUUGAAGUGGGUCAUUGUACAGCCGUGAAGGCCGUGCACUGUACAACCCAAGGAGGCCCAUUUCCCAGAAGGGCUCUCAGGCGUGGAUGUUUGUGUCCUGUGAUAGUUUUCCAGAAAGUGGGUGGGAAGUGUCUUGACGAGGGGCAUCUUUUUUCUAAUUGGCAAAAAAGUGUCAUAUAGGUUUCUGUAUAGGAAUGAUUUACGUGAAGGCGUCUACGAUGCCUCUGGGAUAUGCCGGAGUUGAAGGAACACGGUAAUUUCCCACUUGGUCUCAGAUGCUAUGAAGUGAUAAUGAAAAUGAAAAUAAGGAGGAGGAGGAGGAAGAGGAUACGUGGGGGAUUUACUUGCUGCCAGACUGAGUUCUGAGACCUACUGACGCGCGUUAUCUCAUACAAUUCUUACAAUAUUUGUUUCAUGUUAGUACUAUUAUCCUCAUAUUUUUUUAGACGAAGUAAAUGUAUCCCCGGGCUGCCAGGGAGAGAGGCAGGUUUCAGCCUCUGUCGGAUUCUGAUCCCUGUCCCGCACCAGUGCAUUCAGGCGGUUUAGACGGCGCCCAGGAAAUGGAGAGGGGGGCGGGGGGACGGCUCUUCCUGUCUGUCUGGGUGUCUUUACUCUCAGUGAGCUGGAUGGAAAUUAAGGGGUAACAGCAGAAAAUCAUCUCAACCACGUUUCCUUUCAAAGUCUCUGGGGAAAGCACUCCACCCCCCACCUGCUCUGUCUGGCAUCGCUCCCGGGCCC